AUGAAUCAUCUGAAAUUAUUUGUAUCAGGCGCUUUAAGAGACGGGUUAUGGCAGCGUCCUAUAAAAGUGCAUACCCGAAACUACAGGAAGCCAUCGCCCUGCGACGUUCGACCCUCAGAAAGACGACCAUGUUUCGACAUCGGAACUGUAUCCUUAGAGCUUGGCAACCAGUGCCACUCGAGAAUGAUCAGGUCGUUCCUCUACUCUCACUACUGGCCCCGUGAGCCGAGCGUGUCUGGUCUCUGGAUGUCUCUUGACUCACCCUACUUGGAUAUUCUUACGGAGAAAUACUCUAAUUCAGGUGACAGACUUUUAGCUUUUGAGCAUUUGAAGCGAACUCGAGAACGAAAAUUAAUUGGUGUGAGCGUCGCUAACAAGGUUGAAGUUCUGGCAACUGCAGCAGAGGUGACAGGUCAGGGUGUCGGGACUCACCUCUUGAAGGAAGUGCUCAGUCAGGCACAAGAGCUGAGACACCCUCUGGUUCAAGUCAUUGCCAUCAGUCAAUACACUGCCAAAAUCUGCGAGAAAUGCGGAAUGAAGCGCGUCUGGUCUAUGGAUUACACGGAAUUUGUGGAUGACAAGGGUCAAAGAGUGUUUUUCCCACGACGACCGCACCAUACAGUGGCAGUAUAUAUAAAAAUAAACGAGCCUUCUCUUCCUCCACCCGAACCUUGCAAGCCACCAUUUUAA